AUAUAUAUAUAUAUAGUAAUCUGUGUCAGGAGGUGAUGGAUAUUUCUAGGCGAAGAACCAUUAUUCUCAUCAGCUUCCACAUUUCAGCCAAGUCUGCCAUGUCUGUCCGAGCUUCGCCGAAGGGCGGGGGAGAAGGCUGCUUGCAAGCAGAUGGCUUUCAUGAAUUUCAUUUCCCUGCAAACUCUUUCUGCUUCUUCUUCUUCUCCUCCUUCUUCUUCAGCGUUUUGUAGUUACAAGCUGACGCCAUGUCAAUGGAGGAGGCCAGCCACGUUUGUGUAUUUUAUCAUCUGAUGGUUUGACAUUUUGUAAGGUAGGAAAGCAUUGUAGCAAGUUGAUGGACUUCGUGAAUUUCCUUGCACGCACGGUCCUCCUUUUCCUCCUUCCUGUGCGUGCAAUUACAAACAGGUGUUAUUUCUAUGUUGGGCGUAAUAUAGAGCCUUGAUUAAAUUUGUUUACGCGCGUCUCCCCUGAGAUAGCGAGCAGAUUUGUGGAGGUGGUGGUGCAUUUUAAUAUAAGCAACACCACACAGGUCCUCUUGUUUUGGAAGAGACCAUUGCCCAAAACAACAGCGGAAUAAAACAAAGUAACGUCUUAAUAACCUGAAGCGCCUUUAAAAAAAAAAAAAUUAUAAUAAUAAAAUAAAAUUCGCCGUCUGAAUAGGAAGUCAGACACAAAACGGCGUAGCGAUUCAUUUUACUAUGACAGACGUCUCAAAGCAAUCCAAAAUCUGCCGCAUCCCAUCGAGGCGCUCCCUGCGCCGUACAAACAUUCUGGGCAGAUGGCGGCGGGCAGCGGACGUGACGUCCUUGCUCGGCUCAAGACCCUCGUCGCAUGCCACGGCAAGAUGGCGACAGGUGUCAGCUGACAAAAUCACCAUCAUGAUGAGGAUGUCACAUGUGUGUGUGGUUGGGGGGGUGGGGGGGGGGGGUAUGUGACAGUCUGUCCUCUUACUGAUCAUUGGAAAUCAUUAUGCUAGACCCACCUCCUAACACGUCAUAGGCAAUAAUAUUUUAUUAUAUCUUGUCGCCAAGCUGUUUUAUGUGCUUCAUUUUAGCCAAAGUGUAAUGGCUGCAUGUCCAAUUGCAUCCAAAAUAGCUGGCUUCCUGUUUGUUCACGGGCAUUGAUUUUAUUUUAUUUUAUUCCAAAAGGCCAUUAAAAUACAAAGCGUCCGUCGUCAUAACUGAUUUGGCAAUCUCAUUGUCUGCAUUUAUGUACGUUCCCCCCCCCCCUCCCAUGUUGCAUUUUAUUGAGCAAGUUAUCAUACAUAUAAAUAUUUACAGUUGCAAUAUCUUUUUAUUGCAUUACUCUGUACCUUGUAGACCCCUUCUGCACAGCCUGUAUGCAUUUAGGCAUAAACAUGUUUUUUUUUGGGGGGGGGGGUUCCAAUAUAUAUGUUCCAAUAAGUUGAUUGUAGCAAUAUAUCCGUAUGGCUCCAUCCUGCUGGGAGCCUUUUUUCCAAUAUUACCCAAGAUGUUUGCAGCAUAUUAAAACAGAUCUUUUUUUAAAAUUAUUUUUAUUUUUUAUAUAUAUAUAUACACUGAGCAUGAGUUGAUGCAGGUUUAGCUAAUGAAGUGAUGUCAUUACAUGCACUGCAAACUCAAGUGUGCGAGUUCGACUCCCGGCCAGAGCCAAUAGUGGCUUUGGCGCCGGCUCGCAAAUUAUUUAUCUGGCACCCCAUACCCUGCGCCCACCCUGCAGAUGUUUUCUGUCCAGUGGGCAGAAAGCAUCUGCUGGCCGACGAUUAUCGGCGACCCACAACUGAUGCAACUGGAACCACGUCGCGCAAAAUAAAAUGGAGAGGAAAUGUCAGCUGCCGACCGAGAUCCUCCUGUUUCUUCGAACUUGUCCGCUUGCAGAAUGUCGACGGUCUUAAUAAAUACAUCCUUGCUCCUGGCAUGCAGUAUAAAUGGAUAUUUAUCCGGCCAAAGUAUGAAGCGGCAACAAAUCUUAUGGGGGGUGUUUUGGAUAAACUCUUAUUCUUCUUAAUGAGGCCGUGUUUGUGGGUGCGGGCCAAGUAAGAGGGUCGAGUUCCCAGCAUUAAUGAUGAGUUUUCCUUCUCCGCAGAGGGAAUCGGAGGAAGCUUGCUCAUUAAAACAAAUGGUAGGGCUGGAAAGAGCAUCUCCUCACCUUGGAUAUGUUCAGGAAUCUUGCCCCCCACCCCCACACGCCGAGUCUCCGGAAUGCAGCACUUCUCUGAGUAAAGCGUUUGAGUUGACAGCUUGAAGUGGACAAAAGAAGCUGACAGCUCAUCUUCUUGGGCUUCAUUCUCUCGCUCCAUCACUCCUUUGUCUCUCUUUUUUUAUUUUUUUGCAAUAUGGAGGGGGGGGGUGUCUUUGGCUUCCAUCGUACGCACACGCAAAGGCGCACACAGCUGUCAGAGAAACUCCAGUAGGGAUUUAUCUCCGAGUGGACACACAUUGAACUUGUCUGCCCGUUUGAAACCGAGUUUUCAUCCCACAAUACAACAUUGUUGCAAAGGGCGUUCCCCAGGGUUCCGUUUCGGGUUUACUUCUAUUGACCAUUUAUUUUACAGCUGCUGUCACACAAACCCAAGCCGCCUCAUGAUCACGAGCAUACAAUUGAAGAAUACUGAAGUAACUUGCAGCGAGCCGCUUGCUGCAUCACCAAGUCGAAGAACCUUCUCUUAUUUCAAGCAGAGGCAUGUUUUGCAAAAGCUCAUUCGUAAACAUUUAUGUUGCAGCGGCUUCAAAAUGUUUCAUUCAGUACAGUACGUUAAGUGCAUUUCAGUUAUAUUUAAGAGCUUGGAAUUUUUCUAGGUAGCACUUGAUGUAAAAAUGAUAAGAACUCCUCUACUACUAUACGACUAGUUUCUAAUACUACUUUGAUGAUGACUAGUACUGGAUGAGUUCUGUAUGAUAAGGCUGCUUGUGAAUUCUGAAGUCAAACUGCGUCGCUGCGGGGUCAGGCAUGACAAUGAAAUGGAGGGCCGGAGCGCCACUCAGAGGGGAUCCGGGUCUUUUCUAUUAACUCCCAAGGCCAAGCGGAGGGGAAUCCGGCUUCAGCGCUGAGCCCUUGAAAACCCGCAGCACUCGGCCGAGCCCAGACGGCAAAGCGGCGGGUGAAAUGAGGGGGGGGGGGGGGGGGGGGGGGGAGAAUGUCCCAUGGGUUCCGGCGGUGAUUGAGCCAGCGUUACAUCAGCCUGCACUCGGCUGAUAACAUUUCUACUUCACAAAACACGAUUUUUCGCAUAGCAGGUGUGAAAAUAAAAACACUUUAUUUGGAUGGACAAAGCAAAGCACAUCUUCACUCUAUUCAGAAUUGCGGUUUUUGCAUGACCAGCCGGACUAUGAUCAAGUGACAUAGUCGGCUGCAGGAGUUCCAAAAUGUGUCCUUGGACAGGACCUGAAAACUAAAUUGCCUCCAAAAACUGUUUUCAGUUGCCUUCCCUGGUUAAACAAAGGAGAUAUUUCAAAUUAUUAUUUCCAAGAACAAAAAUGUGAUUCAAUCACAAAACAGAGCUCUUAAUUGGCCCAAAAUGAAGGUGGGAUGUGCAUCAUCCAUCCAUUUUCCAAACCAGUGUUCAAUCAGCCUGCCAUGCAUGAUUUUGGGAAACGUGGGAGGAAACCGGAAUACCCGGAGAAAACCCACGCAGGCCCCGGGAGAACAUGCAAACUCCACACAAGGGAGGCUGGAGCCAGAAUCGAGCCCACGACCUCUGCAUUGUGAGUUCAACACGCUAACCACUGGACCGCCAAGUCCUUGUAUGUAAUAUGUUGUCACAAUUUAGGGGGAAAUACCGAUUUAGUAAUAAUCUGUAUUAAUGUGUUGUUGUUGAUAUGAUUGCAGGUGUCUCCUGGGGACAACCAAAGCUCCGGCCUGCUGCUCGCUCCGGGCGUAAGGUGGGGACAGACGCCCAUCAAUCAGCUCACCCCCUGGGACACGGACGAGCCGCCCAGCAAGCUGCAUCGAGAUGGCGAGGCUACGGUUCCCGCCUGGGUGGCGCCGGUCACCACCGUCAGCCAGCCCAGCCUCCUGCCUCACACCUACGCCCUCCCGCAUCCGCCCUCCUACAACCACAGCGUGACGGCGCAGUCGCCCAUCAUCGGGGUGACCUCGGUGCCGCCGUCCCAUCAUCAGCACUCCCUCAUGACCGCCCACUUCCAGCUGACGCCACAAUCCACCCCGCAGCCGCCCGCCAUGGUGCUGAGCAUGCCCGGCCAGCCUCCCUACGCCACCGCUCCGUCCAACCACGUGGUGCACCCCAGUCCUCACGGCAUGAUGGGCAACGGCCAGUUGAGCGCCCACCACCCGGGCCUCAUCCAGCUCAGCAACGGACAGGGGGCCGCCGCCCAUGUUCCGGUCGUCGCCAACGCCCCGCCGGCCGCCGCCGACAAUCAAGAGGGUCUGAACGGGCUGCAGAUGCUACGGACUGUCGGCAUGGGGAAGUACGAGUUCAGCGAUCCGGGACAUCCCAAAGGUCGUCGGGGGAGACGCGGAAUGGCGAGAUGCUGAAGCUGAGCAUGAGCAACAUCGGCGCCGAAGUUCUGGAGCAGCUGCUGGAAUUCGUCUACACGGGCUCGCUGGUCAUCGAUUCGGCCAACGCCAAGACGCUGUUGGAAGCCGCCAAUAAAUUCCAGUUCAACACCUUCUGCAAAGUUUGCGUCUCUUUCCUAGAGAAACAGCUGACGGCGGCAAACUGCCUGGGAGUGCUGGCAAUGGCCGAGGCGAUGACUUGCAGAGAGCUGCACAACAUGGCUAAAGCCUUUGCGCUGCAGAACUUCCCAGAGGUGGCGGGACAGGAGGAGAUCCUGAGCGUGUCCAAGGAGGACCUGGUGGCCUACCUGUCCAACGAUAGCCUCAACACCAAAGCCGAGGAGUUGGUGUACGAGACGGUAAUCAAAUGGAUCAAACGUGACUCCGCCUCCAGAGUUCAGCACCUGUCCGAUCUGCUGGCGUCGGUGCGACUGCCCUUCAUCCACCCGUCCUACCUGCUCAACGUGGUCGACAACGAGGAGCUGAUCAAGUCGUCGGAGGCGUGCCGCGACCUCGUCAACGAGGCCAAGCGCUACCACAUGCUGCCGCACGCCCGCCAGGAGAUGCAGACGCCGCGCACCAGACCGAGGCUCUCUGCAGGCGUGGCGGAGGUGAUCGUCCUGGUGGGGGGGCGCCAAGCCAUCGGGAUGAACCAGCGCUGCCUGACGGCGGUCACCUGCUUCAACCCGCAGAAUAGCAAGUGGUACCCGCUGGCCAGCCUUCCUUUCUACGACCGCGAGUUCUUCAGCGUCAUCUCGGCCGGCGACAACAUCUACCUAUCAGGAGGCACAGAGUCGGGGGUGAUGCUGUCUGACGUAUGGUGCUACAUGUCCCUGCUGGACAACUGGAACUUGGUGUCGCGCAUGACGGUGGCCCGCUGCCGACAUAACAGCCUGGUCUAUGACGGCAAACUCUACGCCAUCGGAGGCCUGGGCAUCUCUGGGAAUUUGGACCACGUGGAGAGGUACGACACCAUCACCAACCAGUGGGAGACGGUGGCGCCGUUACCCAAGCCGGUGCACUCGGCGGCGGCCACGGUUUGCGGCGGAAAAGUCUACGUUUUUGGCGGCGUCAAUGAGGCGGGACGAUCGGCCGGCGUGCUCCAGUCCUACGUGCCGCAGAGCGACGCCUGGAGCUUCAUCGAGUCGCCCAUGAUCGACAACAAGUACGCUCCGGCGGUGAGUCUGGGCGGCCUGGUGUACAUUCUGGGCGGAGCUUAUGCACGAGCCACCACCAUCUAUGACCCGGAGAAAGGCAACAUCAAGGCUGGGCCCAACAUGAAUCACUCCAGACAGUUCUGCAGCGCCGUGAUCCUGGACGGUAAGAUCUAUGCCACAGGUGGCAUCGUGAGCAGUGAGGGUCCGGCGCUGGGCAACAUGGAAACGUUCGAACCCUGCGGCAACAUGUGGACGCUGCUGCAAUCGCUACCCUGCCCACUCUUCAGACACGGCUGCGUGGUCAUCAAGAAGUAUAUUCAGAGUGGAUGAGGCCGGGCAGACUCCACUUCACCACUUACGCAGUGCCAAAAAAUACUCACCAGCCGGAACUCCGCUCACCCCAGCAUGGGAUCCUUUGGAACCGGCCACUUCUUCCCUGUGCAGAAUGUACUUAAUGUGCAACCGCUCAACCAUGAGGUUGUCGGUCUUCCCAUCAAUACGUGCAGGAAUUCUCGUAAACUUCUGAAGUUUUGUCCCCUCAUUUUUAUUUAUUUUCUACACUCGUGAUCUCUUUAGGAUGAGAGCCACUGGACUUCCAAAGAGCAGCACCAUGAGGACUAACGUGAUGGUCAUCCUGAAUAUUUCUUCCCAACUACCCACUGAGGAAAAGAAGCACAAUAAUCACCCAUGCUUUUGUCAUAUCGUUUUUCUUGUUGGUUUUUCUAUACAUGUGGUCUUGUUUUAAAGCCACCUGUUCAGUACAUGCGAGCUUCUGUAAAUACCAGCAAGGAUAAAUAUGUAUAUUUUACAACCACACGGCAAUUGUGUAUAACUGUUUUUAGGAAAUUAAAGGAUAAACAAAAUGUUAGGAUGAAUUAAAAAAACAGUGAUAUGUCUGUAAAUCAGUAUUCAGAAAUUAACACUUAUAAUACAUAUACCCCCAAAAUAUGAA